AAUUGGGUAAUCAGCUGAUAUGUUGACAGUUGCAUGGAAAAUCCUUCUGUUUACAUCACGCACAUUCUCCAUAUCCGCGGAUUUUUCACGUAAUUCCCGACAAUGGUUGUCGGCGCAUUUCCUGCAGCAAAGCUUGGUGUUCUUUUCCUCAAGCAGAUCAGCAAACCCAUUGCAAACUUCAUGAAGAAUCAGGCGAAAAAGAGUCCCUUCUUCCGACAAUACAUUUGCAUGCCUCCCGCUCAGCUGUACAACUGGUGGGAGGUGCAAGCGAAGAUGUGGUCUAUGAAUCUAGGAAAGCCGACCAACGUACAACCUCUGAACGAAGCCAUGGCGAUAGAAUUGGGUGCAAAUCUCCUCGGCGAGGUUAUCAUUUUCGCGAUAGGGGCUGGUCUCCUCAUCCUAGAAUACACAAGACAAGUGAAGAAAGACAAUACAAAUCAGGAGAAAGCUCUUCAGGAGAAACUAGAAUUAAAUCUCAAGCUUCAGGAGCUACAAUUGAGAGGAGAGAGGCAGGAUGCACAGCUUCGUGAACUCACGAGAAUCCUUGCGGAUGUAGAAUCACGAACGUGGCUGCCAAAGAAGCCUUUCAAGAAAAGCGAAAGCUCUCCUGCUUUGCAAACCAGUUGGAAUCGAAAAUCAUCAGGCAGAUUCGAAGUCGAGGAUGUUAAUGGAAGACUCAACCACUCUCCAGUACCAACUGGAUUCAUUCACAGAGCCCUGGAACUGGUAGAAGAGGAAAUCUUCUCGGGGGAUGAGGAUGAUCGAGACGAGGAAGUCAAGAAAUUAGGAAGGAUUUCUCAAGCUCUCGUCUACUUGCGAUACCAGUAAAGUUAUUGAUUUGUCAGAGGGUUAUUACAUAGUUUUCCCGCAAAAUUCAGCAAUAUGUA